AUUCCUGUUGCAGUCUCUUCGGAUUUACUCGCACAUCGCCUCAGGAAUACUUAUUGUACACCGUUCACGCAUAUAACCCAGCUAAAAUUCAAAAUAAUAAUAAAAUAAGUUGAACAGAUUUGUUUUACCCGUGAGUGUCACUUUGUUCAAAAUGUGGAACAUCAGUGCGGUGCUUCUUUUAUUCACAUGUUGCGGGACUAUUGUUCAUUGUAGGGAAAUUGUCGAUUCUAAGGAAGAAAAUAUAACCAUUUCUGAUGUUCCUAACGGUGAAGAUAAAUUUGAUAAGAACCACGGAUGUAAUUGUCGUUGCGGUGAACGUAACGAAGCCUCUCGUAUAGUUGGUGGCGUAGAGACUGCUGUAAACGAAUUCCCUUGGGUGGCGAGAUUGACGUAUUUCAACAAGUUCUACUGUGGUGGUAUGCUUAUUAAUGAUAGAUAUGUCUUGACAGCAGCGCAUUGCGUUAAAGGAUUAAUGUGGUUCAUGAUAAAAGUAACGCUGGGAGAACAUAACCGCUGCAAUGAGACUCAUAGACCCGAAACCCGUUUUGUCGUGAACGUAGUGGCCCAUAACUUCACAUAUUUGACAUUUAGAGACGAUAUUGCUCUUCUAAAGUUGAAUGAAAAAGUCGAAAUAUCUGACACGAUAAAGCCUGUAUGCCUUCCUCGCAGUGACGAUAACCAAUACGAAGGAGUUAAAGCAAUAGCCGUUGGGUGGGGUUCAGUUGGAGAGCAGAAGAAUCACUCCUGCAAUCUAUUAGACGUAGAACUACCAGUUCUGAGCAAUAAGGAAUGUAGAAAUACGAAGUAUGAAUCUGCCAUGAUCGCUGAUGAUAUGCUCUGCGCUGGAUACCCUAAAGAAGGAAAGCGGGAUACUUGUCAGGGCGAUAGUGGGGGACCCUUAUCUGCAGAAAGAGGAGAUAAGCGAUAUGAACUAUUAGGCGUUGUUUCAUGGGGUAUCGGUUGCGGAAGACAAGGCUAUCCAGGCGUUUACACCAGAGUCACAAAAUACUUGGACUGGAUUAAGAAUAACUCACGGAAUGGCUGUUUUUGCUCUAUUAAUGGAAGCAAAUCUAAUCAUUCUUGCGAAUGUGGGAUAGCUGGAAAGAAUCGCCGUAUCGUAGGUGGGACGACAGUCCAGCCCCAUCAAUACCCUUGGCUAGUGGCCCUCAUGUUGGGUUCGAAGCUACAUUGCGGAGGAGCUAUCAUCACCGACCAGCACAUAUUAACUGCUGGGCACUGCAUUACUUUUGGAGUUCACUAUCGAGAUCUAUCAGCCCAUAUUGGGAUGCACGACCGCCUAGGGUCCUCUCACUCCGUGAUGCACUUGUCAAAAGGCGUCAAACACCCAAGUUUCACCUCGAACGCCGUACGAGAUAUCAAUGACAUCGCUGUGCUGACUCUAGAAAAGAAACUUAAGUUCUCUGACAAAGUUCGACCGAUUUGCUUGCCAAGUGAAGAUAUGAUCUUUGGAGACCUGCCACUAACAGUCGCAGGAUGGGGUAAAACGAGACAAGGUGCUCUGACCUCUUCACGAUAUUUACUGGAAACGAGAGUCAAAUUAGUAAUGAGCCACGUUUGUACAAAAUCUUCUAUAUAUAAGGACAACUUCGUCUCUGAUACUAUGAUGUGUGCUUAUAGUCUUGGGAAGGAUGCAUGUCAGGGAGACAGUGGUGGGCCAAUAUUUGCAACUCAUUCUCGAACUCACCACAAAAAGUGGUACCAAGUUGGAAUUGUAUCAUGGGGCAUAGAUUGUGCUAAGCCUGAUUACCCAGGAGUUUACACAAUCGUAGCAAAAUACAUACCCUGGAUUAAACAACAGACCGUGGGUGGACUUUCAUGUGAUUUGAACGUCGUGAAUCCAGCGAGACUUUUAUUAGGUACUGAUUCUAUUCACUCGAGGACGCCGCGCAGUGUUGUGAUUACGAGAAAAGUAAAGAAAUCAAAUGUGGCUAGUUAUAAUAUUAAUCAUUUGUUGUAUGGAGAAUGUGGCAGACCUUCCGACGAGAUCAUAUCAGUGAGGAUAGUAGGUGGUCGUCGGGCAGAACCUCACUCAUUUCCUUGGACUGUCGCCAUUAUGAAAAUGGAUAAGCUACACUGCGGAGGCGCUAUUAUAACCGACAGGCAUAUACUUACAGCAGGGCACUGUUUUAAAUGGGACGAUGUAAAGUUACUGACAGUACUCAUGGGUCUGGAUAACAUAGAACAUCUAGAAGAUGUGGAAAAGAGGUCUAUAUCGAAAACGGUCAUUCACGAAGACUUCACGACAACAGCAGUCAGAGAUGAGAACGAUAUAGCAAUAGCCACAAUAAAUAAGCCAGUAAAAUUCAGCAAAACUAUUAUACCAAUUUGUUUACCAGAUUCGGGACAAGACUUCUCUGAAAGAGUUGGUACGGUAGUAGGCUGGGGACGUCUAGGAGUGGAUAAGUCUUCUUCAAAGGUUUUAAUGAAGGCCAGUCUUCGCAUACUCAAUGACGAAGAUUGCAUGAAUUCGAAACUGUCUACACAUUUAAAGCCGACAAUGAUGUGCGCUUCCUCUAAAGGAAAGGACGGUUGUCAGGGUGAUAGUGGCGGACCUCUAAUAGUCUUCGAGGGCGAUGGAAGAUAUGUCCAAGCAGGUGUCGUUUCAUGGGGAAUUGGUUGUGCAGAUCCGAGAUAUCCAGGAGUGUACACAAAAGUGAGCAAUUACAUCGAUUGGAUAAAAAGGCACACAGCAGAUGGUAGCACAUGCGAUUAGACAAUAUAUCAUAAUAUAUACUUAAAAAACAGAAUAAAAUGAAAUUAUAUACA